GGCGGCACCAACAGCGGCGCCUCCGCCCGCAGUGCGUGUGCGCGCGUCUGUGAUGAGCGAGCGCCGCGUCCCUCCGCGCGCUGCCGGCUGACACUGUCCGCGCGGGGCGCGUCAGGAGCAGCAGCAGGAGGCGAGGAGCCGCGGCCACCGCGCAGUGACCUUGGCCCAGGAGUGCAGAUCAGAUUUGUGGGACAUGGCACAAGGAAAUAAUUAUGGGCAAAGCAGCAACGGGGUGGCUGAUGAAUCCCCAAACAUGCUGGUAUACAGAAAGAUGGAAGAUGUCAUAGCACGCAUGCAAGAUGAAAAAAAUGGGAUACCUAUUCGUACAGUCAAAAGUUUUCUUUCCAAGAUCCCCAGUGUCUUUUCUGGUUCAGACAUUGUUCAAUGGUUAACAAAGAACUUAUCUAUAGAAGACCCAGUGGAAGCCCUACACUUAGGAACACUGAUGGCAGCACAUGGCUAUUUCUUUCCAAUCUCAGACCAUGUUCUAACACUAAAGGAUGAUGGCACCUUUUAUCGAUUCCAGACACCCUAUUUUUGGCCAUCAAAUUGUUGGGAGCCGGAAAACACAGACUAUGCCGUAUACCUGUGCAAGCGGACAAUGCAAAACAAAGCAAGGCUAGAGCUGGCAGACUAUGAAGCUGAGAGUUUGGCCAGACUACAGCGAGCAUUUGCUCGGAAAUGGGAGUUUAUUUUUAUGCAAGCCGAAGCACAGGCAAAAGUUGACAAGAAGAGAGACAAGAUAGAGAGGAAGAUUCUUGACAGCCAGGAGCGUGCUUUCUGGGAUGUGCACCGGCCAGUGCCUGGAUGUGUAAACACUACUGAAGUGGAUAUAAAAAAAUCUUCAAGAAUGAGAAAUCCACAUAAAACAAGAAAGUCUGUCUAUGGCUUACAAAAUGACAUUCGAAGUCACAGCCCUACCCACACACCAGUACCAGAGACUAAGCCUCCCACAGAAGAUGAACUACACCAAGAGAUUAAGCACUGGCAAAUGCAACUAGACAGACAUAGAUUAAAAAUGUCAAAAGUUGCAGAGAGUCUAUUAGCUUAUACAGAGCAGUAUUUGGAAUAUGAUCCUUUUCUUGUGCCCCCUGAUCCCUCAAACCCUUGGAUAUCAGAUGACACCACUUUCUGGGAACUGGAGGCAAGCAAAGAGCCAGGACAGCAGAGGGUGAAACGAUGGGGAUUUGGCAUGGAUGAAGCUUUAAAAGAUCCUGUGGGAAGAGAGCAGUUUCUCAAAUUCCUGGAGUCAGAAUUCAGUUCAGAAAAUUUAAGGUUCUGGUUAGCAGUAGAAGACCUGAAGAAGAGGCCUAUCCGUGAAGUUCCUGCUCGUGUCCAAGAAAUCUGGCAAGAAUUUCUUGCUCCAGGUGCACCCAGCGCUAUCAAUCUAGAUUCAAAAAGUUAUGACAAAACCACGCAGAAUGUAAAGGAUCCUGGAAGAUACACAUUUGAAGAUGCUCAGGAGCACAUUUACAAAUUGAUGAAAAGUGAUUCUUAUCCUCGUUUUAUACGAUCCAGUGCCUACCAGGAGCUGCUACAGGCCAAGAAAAAGUUGGAAAACACUCUGGAUCGUCGAACAUCUUUUGAGAAAUUCACUCGCAAUGUGGCAUUACAGACUCCGAGGGACUCUCUAGCCUUUCGAUGCCUCCAUUUCGAAAACUGUCUGCUCACUUCCUCCUUCAUAUCAAGCUGGAUCUGUGUCUUUUUAUUUUCUGCAAGCUCAAGUACAGUGAAAAAAAAAAAAGCUUCUGCUAGGCACAGUUUAUUAAAAAAAAAAAGUCAGUCAAAAACUGGAAGAAAUGUAAAAAAUGCAUAUAUUAAUAAAUAUACAUGGCAUCACAUUUAUUGCACAAUAAAUUAGCACAGAAGGUUUCAUUUCACUGAUGUAUUCACAUUGAGAAAGAAAGCCUGUGUCUUUGUCUGUUGUCUGUAUAUUCUCUGUUAAUGUUUCUUGCAUUUAUUUUUAUACCAUAUUUAAAAAAGAACACCUUUUACUCCAGAUGUAUUAAAGUUGAUCCUUUCUCUGUAAAUUUGUGUAUGUUUAUAUUGAUGUUUUCUCUUUCAUUAAAAGAUGCAGAAUCUCUUUCCUUUGGGAAGUUUGAGAUUUUCAUAUUGAAUCCGAAGCUUAGUCAAGAGUAAAAUCAUCCCCAAAAGUUACACACCUUGUGCUUUCAAAAAAGUGACGUGAAAUGGCAUUUUCUUUCUCUCAGUGACACCUAAUCAAACACACUUAAUU